CAACGGAUCACUACUUUCACUCAUCGUCAACCUGAAAACCCUAAAUAUGCACCUCAGCGAACCAGUGGACGAGCAUUGUUUCGUACUAAACCGGCCAGUGGCAACCCAACGUAAUUUAUUUGCCAACCGGAGGCAUUUCCUUCUCUCUAUCCGAUUACGAGGAUGCGGCUGGGCUCGUGAUUCUUUGUUCCAUACCGCGCCAGCUGCGAAUUGGAGUAAUGUCAUUGGACGGCGCCGUUGAUAGGAGGGAGGACACUCCGGCGGGGAACGGAUUGGCGGCCUCCAUACUGGCGCCGGCCCCUGUAUUGGCGCCGGCACCGCUUUCUGCAUUGAGGGCGCCGGUGCCACUCUCGGCAUUGAGGGCGCCGUACGGAGAUCGUCGGCUCAGGCUGAACCCGAACAAGGUACAUAAGCCAGAUACGUACGAGGAUGUGCAGUCGGAGUUCGAUCCUUCAAUCUAUAGCUCGCUGGAGCGCCACCUCCCUCCCAGUAUGCUCGAGGCGCCGAGGGACGCGAAGCUCGAGUUCAUGAGGGAGAUCCUCGCCAGGUACUUGCCUGAGGGAGAUCGAGCCAGGGUUAAGAGGCAUAAGGAAUAUAGACAGAGAAUAAUGUCGGCUUACCAGCCUUUGCACAAGGAAUUAUACAACAUGCAUCCUUUAUCAUUUUUUGUCCCAUCAUUUAUUGGAGCAAUAAGGGAAAACACAGAAGAGGGUUUCAGAAAGAUAAUAUCGGAGCCGUCGCCUGGAGUAUAUUCAUUUGCAAUGCUUCAGCCAAGCUUCUGUGAGCUGCUGUUAUCCGAGGUUCAGAAUUUUGAAAAAUGGGUAGCGGCUGCUAAAUUUAAGACUAUGAGACCUAAUACAAUGAAUAAGUAUGGUGCUGUUCUUGAUGAUUUUGGUUUUGAAGCUAUGCUUAACAAGUUAAUGGAAGAAUUUAUAUGCCCUAUGUCCAGAGUAUUCUUUUCAGAAGUUGGUGGAUCGACUCUAGAUUCACAUCACGGAUUUGUUGUUGAGUAUGGGAAAGACAAGGAUGUUAAGUUAGAUUUUCAUGUGGAUGAUUCAGAAGUUACUUUAAAUGUGUGUUUGGGUAAGCAAUUUUCAGGUGGAGAAUUAUUUUUUCGAGGUGUCAGAUGCGACCAGCAUGUCAACUCAGAAACUCAACCUGAGGAAAUAUUAGAGUAUUCUCAUGUCCCUGGUCAAGCUAUACUUCACCGUGGUCGCCAUCGUCACGGUGCCCGUCCUACAACAUCUGGUUACCGGAUCAAUUUGCUUUUGUGGUGCAGAAGCUCGGUUUUUAGAGAAAUGAAGAAGUAUCAGCAGGAUUUCUCCAGCUGGUGUGGCGAAUGCCAAAGGGAGAAAAGGAUUAGGCAGCGUCAGUCUCUCGAUGCAACCAAAUCGGCUUUCCUCAGGACAACUGGAUCUAUGAGUUAGAGGCUAUUUAUGCUGCUCUGAAUGACAGAAUCCUGAUUCCCAUGUUGUAACUUCUGUGGACUCUGCUCUCUCUGCUCUAAACGCUUCGGAAGACAUACUUUUCAAGGCUUUUAGCACUGUAUGGGGCUGAACAUGGCAUGUCUUUUCCAAUGUAAAUUUGUUGAAAUCAAAUAUUUAACUAGAAUUUUUUGAACUUCAAGUCCUGUGAUAGCCAGUAAAUAAUAGAUUUUGGCUCCAUUCUCAGUCUCUAUUUCCUCCUCAUAGUAUUUUCCCAUUUUGUGAAAGACACACAAUUGUUUACAGUCAAAGUCAUGAUCUGUGAUUUCCAGUAAAAUCAGCGUGCUUUGUGUUAACUUUUA